UUGGCAGUGAGGUCAGUGAACUCAGCCCAUUCUGCCUACACCUGUUUCCUCUUCUCCCCACUGUUCUUCCAACACUACAGCCCAGACACAGGACCAGCCCAGGAUUGUGGAACUGUCAAAUGCAAGUUGGUCAUGAAGGUAAUGGCCGAGCUGUUCUGAAUCUGCUGAAUAUGACCCCAAACAUAUCUCAAGACAGAUAAAUGUCUCACACAGGCCCAUAUGGAACAGUUCAGCAUCAUUGCUUUUACAAUGGGUUAGACUUUAUAGUACUGAUAGUGUAAUAGCUGUGUAUUAAUAUACAUCCUUUGGUUUUAGUCAGUGCUGCCACUGUUUCGGUGCCUGGCUACCAUUGAGCGUAAUGUGGAUCGCUGUCAAAUAUCCAUCAACCUCCCAGACAACCAGGUUAUAUUCCAGUUUCACUGCAGACAUGGUAGGAGAACAGUCCGAUAGAGUGCUCUCAGAAAAUAUAUUGUUUUGUGUGUGAGUGUGUGUGUGUGUGGGGGGGGGUUGGGGAUUCUUUAUAAUUCUCAGAUUGUAAUGCAUAGUAUCAAUACUAGAUGGCGCUGUGUCCCAACGCCUCAUACUCCUUGUGACAGGUAUCACCAAAACACACAACCUGGGUUUCCAGGAGAGUGAAGCUCUGCAUGCAGUGUUUCCUUCUCACCUCUGCCCCAAUGUGCUGAAGGCCCAGGCCAGGUGAGCUCCCAUAAACAUAUCCCAGUCUAUCUCCUCAUGUGACAUUUAUGAAGAGUGAUUCAGAUACCGACUAAGAAUUACUACAGGGUAUACAGUAUAUGAUAAUUUCAUUAAUAAUUUACAUUUGUACUAUCUAUUAUAAUUGUAUUACAUUUGUGUUAUUAUUUUUGGGCCAGACUUCUAGGCGACAUGGUAAUGCACUUCCCAGUGUCUCAGGAAGAGAUCACUCUGUCCAUGUCUCCUCUGAGAGUCAAUCUGAAAAGCUACUAUGAAGAGGAAAGUGGUGAGAUUUUGCACUGUCUACACAGUAUGAAAAAACAAACCCACAACAAAUCUGUAAUAUAAUGUGCCUAACUCCUGAUUUUUUGGGGUGCAGAUUGUAUGAAGGCCAUGCACACUGAGAUGUCUUUAGACCCCAGUGAGUUUGACUACUUCCAGGUUGGAGUUGACUCAGACAUAACCUUCUGUCUGAAGGAGCUGAGGGUAAGGGGGUUAUUUUGGGGUGGACCUUAUUUUUCUGUCACAUGAGCUUGUGAAUAUGGGGGGGGGGUGUCACUGUCUGUGCUUGCAUACCCAUGGGUUAAUUCAUUUAUUUACGGGACUAGACCCAAGUGUCCAGGAGACUCUGUACCCUAUCAUUUUCAAUGGAACUUUCCCCUCUUGGGUGGGAUUUUGUUUUAUGACCCGAAUGAAUCAAGUUAUAAUAUGAUAUGUUUUUUUCCCGCACGUCUACAUUUUUUUGUGAACAGACAGUAAUAAGUAGUAGAACACAUGCAUUGAUUACCUAACUCUCAUGCAUGUUCCAAAUAAACCCAAGUCCUCAGAGGAGAAAUAUACAUCAACAUGAUUCAAUAGCAAAAUAUAUCACAUUGGGACCACACAAAUUCAGCCAUUUUACAUCCUAUGUUUUUUUGUGUCAUUUAUUAUAAAGUACAACUAAUGUGUCACAAUUUGUGCUCAGACACAUCCUUUGACCCGAUCCUAAUGUCCUGGAAUGUUGUUGGGGCUACCCUGUUGUGAAGUCCCUCAUUACACAGUAAAGCCAUGCCUAGCUGUUCAUAUAGACUGCUGUGUGUCCAUGCUAGCCUGUGAUUGGGUUGGACAGUGAGCCAGUCUCUACAUUGCUACUAGUCUUACCUGUCACAGUGUGUUAGAGGGGCUAGUUGAACACACACAGAGGCUCUGUUGUCUGGGCAUCGGACACAGCGAUUCAACUGAACCCAUGAUUACCCCUUUCACUGUGAUUGACCCCUACAGCUUCAAAGGUCAUGGCUAGUGUACACAGCAACAUUGGUAAUAUGUGCCCUGUCAUCUAAUGUACAUUGCUGUCUAGCAGAGUACCAGAGUAUUGUGAUCCACCAUGACCUGUUUUCUAAUUGGUGGUGCAUGUGUUUAAUGUGUUAACCUCUUCUCUAGGGAUUGCUGUCAUUUGCUGAAUCACAUGGUCUACCAGUGUCUGUCCACUUUGGCGCUGCAGGAAAGUAAGUAUCCUGGUCCUUGUGGUUAUACCCAGUGACUAUCACCUCUUUUACUUAGGUCCUAAAUAAGGCCCAGAGUUUUUCCCGGUCUGGUCACAUGGUUGGAGAAAUCUCAGUGCACUGGUUCUAGGUAUGCUGAUGUUGUGUUUUGCUGUCUGUCAGGCCUGUGUCCUUCAGUGUAGAGGACAUGGUGCUGGAGGCCUGUGUGGUGUUGGCUACUCUUGUCAACCCAGAGAGCAGGACCCCCUCCCAGGCUACAGAGGCCCAGGUUCCUGCUGCACUAAGGUAGCCAUCACCAUUCGUUAUACAGUUAUUACCCCACCACUGAUAGGGGGGUUCUGUAUUUGGUCCAACAUUGUGUAAUACACCACAUCACCAGCAUCUGCUGCCCUUGUUGUGUAGAAAUGCAGGACAUUUUGUCCUAGGGAGAAGCAAUUUCUCAGUUCAAUAGCAAAUAAAAAAGUAAACAGCCUUAGAUAGCCUUAAAGCGCCUGUCCAAUCAUGUGACAGUCACAGUAGAGUACAUUUUAACUAGCCUAUCCUAGAAUCCUAGUGCUGGCUGUACCUGUGAUGUCCUCCUUACUGGAGGCAGUUUGCCAUCAUGUGCUUUUUUUGGUGCCUCAGUGGGCGUUGUGUUACAGAACAGUGUAGUAGCACUGUAACAGAGCCUGGCUAUCUGGGGCAAGGCCGUGCUGGCUGGGUUAGAGGACUGACAGACUGACAGGCUGUAAUCCCUACAUCCCCCACAGUCACUAACCUGUUACGUUGCUGUGGCGAUGAUGUCACUCAGUGUGUGGCCCGCCCGGCCUCUAUCUCUCUCUUAGUGUCUUUUCUGAGCCGCCUGAGGUGGGGUUUGCACCAGUCCCAGCCGGAUUGUUGCACAUCUGAGUCACUUAUGACGUCGCUGCAUUGUGCUGCUUCUUCCUUUUUCAAGGAAACGUUCAUAUAGUAUGUUUGAAUGACCAAAAUAUAAAUGUCAUGUUGGUACCUUCAUGGAAUACUGAGAACACAUCAGAUUUUUGUAUGACAGGUUUAUGUUGUAGUUGUACUAUUUAUGUUUAUAUUCUUUGUUACUGAACCUGCUGUUCCAUAACCUCCCAGGCAGACACACACAUUUAUUCUCAUGUUGACCUUGACAAAGAUAAGUGAUGAUAUUUUAAAAAACAGCUCCUUCCCAUUCUCUCUCCUGCUGGGACGCUUCUUUAUAGGCACAGUCUGGUUCUGUCUGUGGUGCAGUCAGUGGUGUUUAUGGAAAGCGUGUUUAUGCUGAGGAACACUGAGAAAACAGCCAGAGACAGUGGCCUGCCAUGUGCAGGAGAACAGGCGGAACAGAGUUAGGUUAUCAUAGCAUGCAGCCAUGGAUCACAGCCAAAAUCCAACAACAGUGUCACUCCAACAACAGUUCCCUUUUUCUCUCUCUCUCCAUGUUCCUCCCUUUCUUUCCCUGCCGUCUCUUGCUCUCUGUAGCUCUGCCCCUCCCCUCCACUCUCUCUCCCUCACACACUGAUGCACGUGCAGCUGCAGUAACUCAUGCGGAAUAUCACAUAACACACACGCUCAUGAGAGCAAAGACUUCUUUCAAACACACACUAGAGUUAUCUAAAAACAAUAUUUUCCCAAUAGAACAUAGCAUGUGCAUCUCAUAUAACUUCUAUUAGAUAUAUAUCUAGAUGUCUAUUAGCAAUGCUAUUGCUUUAGUUUGUUGACUAUCACAAAUGUAGUUCAUUAGUAUUGACUUAAGACUGACAGGCAUAAUCUGUUUUAAAUAUUAAGCUAUAUAUGAAAACUAUAGGUGGAUAACUGGAGGGAAAUGCUAAAGGCAGCCUUGCUGUAAUGGUCCUUAUAUGCUCUCAGGUGUGGAGGUGUUGCGGAGCCUUCUGAGGGCCCAUGCGUGGCAGAUGCCGGGACCCCCCAGGCCCAGGGGUUUCCCUCUGUAGGCGAGCUGAUAGCAUCCAGCCAGGGAAGCCCAGUGUUUAGUGGAGCAGCCCUCAUGAGAGAGCUCACCAGAACAGGAGAGGAUUCUGACAGACUCAGACCACGUUACACACACAAAGGUCGUGGCAUUACAACUCCUGCUUCCUCCAAGGUAACAGAAACUUCCCUUCCAAGGUUAAUUAGAACAAAAUAUGAACUUUGGUUGACUUCGGUUUGUGCCCUCAAGCCACUGUGUUCUGGGAUUUUGACAGGCUCUGACUGGUACUAUACUUUGGUAAGUGCCAAAGUACAGAUAAGGCCUUGCUUUAACCUUCAAACUGUAAAUGUGCCUAGAUUGCAAUAAUGUUUAACCAUGUGAUGUGUGAUUGCCCUCAAAGACAGACAGGGUGAAGGUGAAUUGUGACGUAUGCAAGGUGUGUGGUUGGUUGCACAGCCCUCUUAUCCCCAGCCCUUUUGCCUAAGAACCACCAGACCAUAUUUCGAAAACUGUUUCCCAAUUUGCUGUUUUUUCCCACCAUACUCAAAGUCUGCUCAGCUGUCUAUUAACGAUGAGUCAUGUGUUUUGGUUCCUUAGGUUCGCUCCCUCCUCUUUGGGGCCUUGUCCUGUGAGCAGGGUGAUGGUUGUACCUCUAUGCUGCCCAGUCUGGUGUGUUCCAGUGAUACAGAAGAUGAGGGAGAGGAGAGGGCCAGUGGUACACUGUAA